AUGGGGAAAAUCCACUUGGGAUACUGGUUCUUGGCUCUUUUUAUUAUGACCUGGAGUGAUCUGACUCUCUGUAAGAAACCGAAGCCAAGACCUGGAGGGGGAUGGAACAGUGGAGGCAACCGCUAUCCUGGCCAGUCUGGAGGCUGGGGACAUCCUCAGGGAGGUGGCACCAAUUGGGGUCAACCCCAUGCUGGGGGUUCCAAUUGGGGUCAGCCACGUCCUGGGGGUUCCAAUUGGGGCCAGCCCCAUCCAGGGGGUUCCAACUGGGGACAGCCCCAUCCAGGGGGUUCCAACUGGGGUCAAGCCGGUAGCAGCUACAACCAGAAGUGGAAACCAGAUAAACCCAAAACCAACAUGAAACAUGUGGCUGGGGCUGCUGCUGCUGGGGCAGUUGUAGGAGGGCUUGGUGGAUACAUGCUGGGGAGUGCCAUGAGCAGGCCCAUCAUGCACUUUGGCAAUGAUUACGAAGACCGUUACUAUCGUGAAAACCAAUAUCGCUAUCCCAACCAAGUCAUGUAUCGGCCCAUUGAUCAGUACAACAACCAGAACAAUUUUGUGCAUGACUGUGUCAACAUAACGGUGAAGCAACACACCACCACCACCACUACCAAAGGGGAGAACUUCACUGAAACGGAUAUCAAGAUCAUGGAGCGAGUGGUGGAACAGAUGUGCAUCACGCAGUACCAGAACGAGUACCGCAGUGCUUACAGCGUGGCGUUCUUCUCUGCCCCACCUGUGACCCUCCUCCUCCUCAGUUUCCUUAUUUUCCUGAUUAUCCCAGAUGCCCAUUCCGUGGAAGCAAUAUCCUGA